AUGACUUCCAUGGCGGAUGUUCCGGUGUACAUGUUACCUGGAGAACCGGUGGUGCAACCGCCUCAUCUUGAGGGUCUUUCAGAUCCGUCUCUUUCAACUGAAAUUUUACCAGGUCCACCUUCCCUGCUGUCUGUUCAGCAGGCUGCGCACAAGCGCGACCCGAAGAAACCAGGAGCUUUUGUGUCAUAUCUCCCAGCAUCUGAUCCAGGCACCACCUACUCUGGAUUAAUGGCUUCUACUGCCCUCAGUGCCUCAGAUGCUGAAGGGCAACGGCGCAAACGUGCUAGGGUCGACAAAGGAACCGCAAAUGGAAGGGCUCAACGUGCAUCUGCUCGUAACUUGAAUAGCAGUGCCAUUCCUCCGCCGGAUCUCAUCGUCGCUGAAGCAUCUUCUCGCCAACCCAGUAUACCCCCGCUCCAAGACUCCGACCCUUUUCCGAUAAACCAUGACUUUGACGAGCUUUCAAUUUCUCGAGCUACCUCUGCUCCUGCUCUCGAUGAACCCUUGCCGCCCCAACUGCCCCUUCCAGUUGUAUCAAAUGGAAGAGGAAGACCGAGAAAAGACAAAGGAAAGGGAAAAGAGACUGAGAAACACUCUGUAAAGAUCAAGGAGGAACCAAUGGCCACGUACUCGCUCUCUCCUGACCCUUCACUUGGACUGUUGAACGAAGAUCACUGCUCAUCCUGCCGGUCAUUGGGAGCUCUGGUAUAUUGUGAUGGAUGCCCACGAGCCUUCCAUCUCUGGUGCUUGGACCCACCAAUGGAAACCGUGGACCUGCCGGAACUCGGCGAGAGGUGGUUUUGUCCCAGUUGCACGAUUCGGAAGGUGUCGUCCACCGAUCAAACCCCCCCUUCCUUCAUGUCGCCCCUCAUUCAUCAAGCACAGACAAACAUUCCGAAGGAAUUCCAGCUUCCAGAAGAUGUUAGAAGUUUCUUUAAGGAUGUUGCUACUGGUUCCAAUGGGUGUUACGUUGAUGGCUCAGAGGUCAAACCACCUCGCCUGAAUCGCCAUGGUCAGCUCGAGGAACGCGAACCUUAUCGCCUUAAGGACAAGAACGGUGUCCCUGUACUUUGCUUCCGUUGCGGAACAUCUACCCUUCCCAGUGUUGUUGAUGUAUCUGCUCCACCAGCAAAGCGUUCUAGGAGGUCAACCUCGUCCUCCCAUAGUGCCACUCCCGAAGUUUGGAGAAGCAUGGUGUCCUGCGAUUACUGCAGUCUUCAUUGGCAUUUAGAUUGUCUCGACCCGCCUCUCGUGGCUAUGCCUCCGUUCAAUAAGAAGUGGAUGUGUCCCAACCACGCAGAUCACGUUUUGCAACCCAAGCGUCGCAUUCCCAAGCAAAAUCCACCCAUGAUAGACAUUACAAAACCACGCCAGUUUAAUAAUGGCAACAUCGACGUUGUCCACCCACAGGGCACUUCGAUGGCAGAGAAGUUAGUCUUUGAUGAAAUCCUUAUCAGUGGCCGAAGAUAUAGGGUUCCGGAGAAAGUGAUCAUGCUCGAUUUCUGGAAUAAGAUCAGCAAAGAUCAGCAUCUUGAUCAAAGGUAUGUGCCACCGGUGUCCACAAUGUCUUCGCCUCUCACGUCCCUGAGCUCUUUGGAUGAUUUUGAUGAAAGCAUUGGCACAUUACCAGAAGGUCCUCUUAUCUCACGAGAUGAAUUGCAUGCUGCGCAGGCAUUGUGCAAUUUCCAGCGAAUGCUGACCAUACAAACAGAGCAGAGACAUGCUCCUGUUGGUAGUUCAAAGAAUCUCGUUGAUUCCAGUACGCAAACGGAAGCAGAGUUACCACCUACGAUACCUUUACCCCCGCAGCGCAAAGCACCUAUGAAGUCCGCUCUCCUUGCGACUGAGAAUGGUUCCGCCGCCAAGCUAUCAGUACAAACUCCUCUUGACCAGUCGGCUCCGGCGCGGCCCAAGAGGGCGCGAACUGCGGUGAAACAGGAGGCGGAGGAAGUCAAUUUACGUCUGCCUGAUAACUCCGAGAAGCAAGCAGAGGCUUCUACGAGGACUACUCGACAACGCCGGAAGCCCAGACCAUCGGAAACAGCAAAGGAUGAGGGUGCAUUCGUGGCAAGCGCUCAGGCCCCUGCGCCGGCAUCUAGUUCCAUGAUCCGGUCUGUGGGUCCUGAUACUUCUGACUUGAGUAGUGCUUCGGUAUUGCCCACCUCCAAUCCUCACAAAGUCAAUACACCUAUUACUCCCAAGGCCUCGGUCACAAUCACCCAGUCUACCCAGUCUGCUACUCCAACGUUGAAGAUACGAUUACCGCGAUUGAGUGCUGUCAGCGCUGCAGUACAUUCGAAUGCUGCACCACCCGUGACGGCACCUGCACACACUGCAGCAAGCUCCAAGGGACCUCGCCCGAAGCGCCGAUUACGACGACAGACUUCUGACACUGCUACUGUCUCAUUGAGCGGCACGUCUUCAUCUGCAACUGAUGGUGGUGACGAAUUUGAGCCAAACAAACCCAGUAAGGUUUCAUUUCUUGCUAUCCAUCUAAGUUUUAAUGUAGGAUUCAUUCAGUACGUUGUUCCCAAGGGACCCACUAUACUUGCAGGCAGCGAGUCUGUUGAUCUUCCGGGUUACGACUUAUGGCUGCACUUUGUGGACAAUGUCCAUGCAUUCGAUGGGUCCAUUGACAUUGAGCGUUUCCACGACGCCCUGGCAAGCACUUUGCAAAUGUACCCUCAUGCCGCGGGGAAACUGUGCACAACCGGCGGUCGUUGGUUUAUCCAGCUGACAAAUUCUGGACUGGCUGUUGAGGCCGAGGAUCGCAAGGAAGAGUUGUCCACCUCUUUUAUUCAAGGAGACUGGGUCAUUCAAGAUGACCUUUCUCCCUUGCUCAGCCAACUACCGCCAGAUGCUACCAUCGUCAAUGGUAGUGCUUCUUUGGUUCGUUUCAAGAUAACAACGUUCAAGGAUAGGACAUGUCUUGCGGUGUCCUGGCACCACACUCUCGCGGUGUCGGAAAUGGCAGGAGACGCAGUAGCGCUUUGUCGGUUCAUGCAAACGUUAUCCCUGUUCUAUCAAAGUGUCGAGCCAGAUUUCUCUCCUCCAACUUUCGAUAAACACCAGUACCGAACCCCGGAGCCAUCUACGUCCUCAGACUUUCUUCCACUAAUGCCUCAUUUGUGGGUUUCUUACCCUUUCGAUGAGCUCGAGGCCAAAUAUGCCGAGGCCUGCGAGGAUCUGGGAAACCUAAGAUGGAGAUUUCAUGAGCAUCAUCUUCAUGCACUCCACUCUAUGCUCAGUGCUGAUGGGGAAGGCUAUCUUUCGUGGCACGAUUGCCUCACAGCAUAUAUCGUCACUCUGUUGAAUCGUUCUAUGCCUAGGCCCAUUCGCAUGGUCACAAACGUUGCCAAUUUUCGGCGUGUUGAAGCUCACUAUAUUGCAAGCAAUGUUGCAGGGAAUGUUAUCCAGAAUAUCCCGACCGGGACCCUGCCAUUUCAUAUGCGAGAUAUCGCCAUUGCUGUGCGGGAAUCGAUUGUUCGGUGCCGUAACCGGAUAUUUCUCGAGGAUUGGAUGGCUGUGGCAAGCGAUAUCAUGCUAGCUACUGCUAAUGCUGGGAAAUCUUUCUUCUUUGCUUCGCGCCCUGGCGUAAUGACAGUUAAUUCUAAUGUUGCGAUUGAUUGGUGUGACGCUCACUUUGGUUUUCCCGAUUCUUCCAGUUUCUUCACAACUGGGAGUUUGAAGUUCUAUUUCCGGCCCUUCAAAUCGAAUCCUAUGCUAUGCGACGGCACUUGGCGACCUCGAAAGGGCUCGGUAGAUGUCUCUAUGGGCGUUCCAAGAGUACUGCAGGCUAAGCUUUUAGACCUCCUGUCGUUGGAUUUUGAGACUAUCCUUUAUCGGUCACCAUGGGACACCGAGCUGUGA